AUGUCUCUCCCGCUUGAGCAUGUUGACGCUUGUCUUCCAAUACCCGCAUUGAAGACGUAUGUUUUGGAUGAUAGGCGUUAUGUUUUUCAAAGUCAAGGCCCAUUCUUCCGGGUGGUUGAUGUGAUCACUGGUGUUGUCGCUGCUCAGAUCCAGACAUUAAAGAGAAACGAUAUUCAUGGCUUCAUUACUUUGAAUCAACGACGGGAGGAUCGUGACCCAUGUCAUGUUCGAGUCGUUGUUUGGGGUGGUCGCUCAGUGCGAGCGAUCAACGUCUCCUUGAGCUCUAACAAUGAAAUCGAAUUGUCAAUCUCCAGUGCCGAAUACAAUGCAUCAGACUGGAUUAUGAGUGGAUGCGCAGCGGCUGAAAUCGGCCACUAUGGGGCAUUCCUCAUCACCGCCAACAAUGCACUCUUGAGUCUCGAGGUGCUUGACAGCGAGCUGCCCGGGGAAGAGAUAGAGACGACGAUAUCCAUAUACCAGCUGGCGACAAGCGUAAAGUCUAUCUUAUACUCCGCUAACGUGAUCGCUCUGUCUCCUUCCCAUGUUCUCAUUGCCGCCGGUACUGUUUUCGGAGAAAUCAUCGUUUGGUCGUGUUUUCUAAAUGACUCCGGAUCACACAGGGAUAGUGCAGUUGCCUCCAUUCACCAUUUCUUCACGGGACACGAGGGUUCAAUCUUUGAUGUCCGCAUUUCCCCACACAUCCCGUCGCUGAAUGGAGACCAGUCUGGUAGGCUACUGGCCAGCUGCAGUGACGAUAGAACUGUGAGAAUUUGGGAUAUAUCAGAUUGCGAACAAAAGACGGCACAGGAUCCUUCUGCAUAUUCCACUGACGGCUUCGAGCUGCGAAGUACAGGUUUCGGUCUCGUCGAUGCAGGCGCAGAACCCGUUGGAUCUGAAUCAUGUGUUGUGCAGGAAUUUGCCCAUGCGGCCCGCAUCUGGGGCGUCCAUUUCAGGGCUAUCCAAAAUAACAAGCAAACCCACAUUGGGCUGGUCUCUCGUGGAGAAGACUGCACAUGUGUGAUGUGGGAUUUGAGCUGGCAGCAAUCACUGGCAGGAACAAACGAGUAUCGGCUCAGCCAGACUUCCUCGAUACAACCACACAUUGGAAAGCACAUUUGGUCUCUGGAUCUUUGCAGGAUUGGCCCUGAGACUGUGGUUUACACCGGAGGUGCCGAUGGUGCAUUGAAAAGUUUUCCCAUCAGAGAGAACGAUGACGAACAUUUGUGCAGUGGCUCGACUUCUUCUUUGCAGCAACCGUCUUUGCAACAGAAGGGGAAGAAGAAGCAGCCCACGGCUGAUGGAGCGAAAGCCUUUGCAUUUGUCUCUCGGGACUAUCUUCUUCGCACUUCUACACUAGGCCAAAUUCAGAUUGGACAUCUUGGGAAAACAGAGGAGAACUUCAACACUUGGGAAACACUAUGCGAAUCAUCGGACCUCGGUUCCUUCAGUGUGAUCACCGCUCUGCCUCAGAGGGGUCUGGCAUUGAUCGGUAAUUCUGAAGGACUCAUUCGACUCUACAAUCACGCUGCAAAGUCAAUCAUCCCCGUUGCAAACGUGGGUAAAAGACCUCUCGAAUUAUUCCUCCUUGAGACUUCUGCCUCCAGACCUGAUACCUCAAAUACCUGCAGCGACCUUGCCUUCCUCGUCUGUUACCCCGUAGGAGAUGAAAUCACACUCGUGAAGGCCUCCAAUUGGAGCACUGGUUCUCCAAAUGCCGAAUUAACCACCUUCAAACUGCCAUCUUCAUUUGUGGUUUGCAGUGCGUCUCUCAUAUUUGACGGCCGAUAUUUGAGUAUUGGGUCAAAGCUGGGAGCCCUUGCUGUGUACAACACCUCCAUGGCUGAAGCCGUGUUAGAUCAGCGCCGUGUUCAUGGCCGAGAGUUUGUCAAUCACAUCAGCGUGAUCUCGUCCAUUGUCACCGGUCACGACACAAGAUCCGACUUUGUAUUGACCUGUGGUCGCGAUGGAACCUACUGUGUCCACGAGAUGCAACUUUGCGAAAGUGACUGUGGUGCUGUGACCAUGGAGACAGUACAUCGCACAGCAUCUAUUACCGGUGGAAAUAUUGAAGGUGCUUAUUUCGACGGGAACACAGGUGACUUGAUGUUGUACGGUUUCAGAUCCCAAGAUUUCGUUCUGCGAAACGAAUCAAAACUGACGGAUAUCGUCUCCAUUGCUUCAGGCGGUUUCCGCCGCGCCUGGGACUUCAUCCCAGCAACUAAAGACAGCAAUGCUCUGUUCACGUGGAAAGAUGGGACCUCUCUGAUGACUACUCGCGUACGAGCCGGCGCUAGCACUUUGAUUCGAGCGGGAGGCCAUGGGCGGGAAAUUAAAGCAACGGAUUCUUUCAACGCGUCUGGUGAAGAACGAUCUCUUCUUGCGACUGGUGCAGAAGACACCACUGUUCGUAUCUUCACACCGACCUCGUCGGUGACUGCUAGUCCAUGGGGAACCUUUGAAUGCCUACGUGUCUUGGAUACACAUAAGUCCGGUAUCCAGCAGGUGACUUGGUCUAAGGAUGGGAAGUACCUGUUCACAAGCGCUGCGUACGAAGAGUUCUUUGUGUGGAGAGUCCGUACCAUUCCCAAAUUCGGCAUUGCUACAAAAUUGGUCGCUGCUAGUCCAAAGGAUGAUGUGCAUUCAGAUCUCCGGAUACCGGGGUUCGAUUUGCUGGAAGUGGAAGAGGUUGGAGGGGAGCAGGGCUUCCUCCUGUGUCUUGCUCUUUCAAACUCAGUCAUCAAGGUCUUCCACUUCUCGCCAUCUAAUGGAGGUCAAUUCACUCUCCUGGCUCGUGGCAAAUACAUGACCAAUUGUUUGACUCAAGCGCACUUCUUGGUGACCAGCUCUUCCGUGAGCCUUAUCACCGCCGCGACGGAUGGCUACUUCACACUUUGGGACCUGACCAGCACAAUUGAACCAUUCUACACGAUCACCCAGUCCACUCUCAAGGCGAAGCGAAAAUUCGACGGCUCUUCCAUCUCAUCAGAAAAUAUCGCAUGCGAAAAUCGAUACCAGAUCCAUUCCAACAGCAUCAAGGGUAUGCAAAUAGUUCCCUUCUCCGACGCCGCCACAGUCGUUGUAGCUGGAGGUGACGAUAACUCUCUAUCUGUCUCCGUCCUACGCACAGACCCAGCAGACGCCGGCACGAAUGCGCACGUAGCUACGGUUUCCAUCCCGGAUGCUCACGCUGCGGCAGUCACCACGGUGAAGGUUCUCAACCAGCAGAUCUCUCGUGAUGUUACAUCGAACGCGGAAUCUAUCAAGAUCACCGUGGCGUCCUCCGGUAACGACCACCGAGUCAAGGUAUGGUCCAUUACGGUGGACCCAACGGUACCUGGCACGCAGGGGAUCGUUGUGAAGUUUUUACUGGACAGAUACAGCUCUGUAGCUGAUAUCUCAUCAUUGGGACUUAUCCAUGGACCUGGACAUUGCUCUCCCGCUGAGCGCCAAGUGUCUGGAUCCAAAACAGACCAGGCUCAACUGGUGGUAUGCGGUGUGGGCAUGGAAAUGUUUAGUGUCAAGGCUCAAUGA